GAAAAUAAGAUCCGACUAUCAAUAUGAAGAAAUAUGCAGAGGAUCUAAUCAAAUGGUGUCUCGCCGGAGUUAUCUGCUCGUAAAGAAGAAGCAUGUCGACACCCAUGAGUUGGCCGCCUUUCUUAACAGUUCUUGCUCCCCAUAAUCAGAGGAGACAGACCUCGGCGAUGUUUGAACAACAUUCAGCUUUCAAAUCGUGAUCCUCUGCGGUUGCGGCUUGAUCCCCAAUAAGGAAACGUCCAGUGGAAAAUUAUGCAGCAAUCAUUGAAGGAUGGAGCAAAACGAUUCAGUAGCUGAUGAAAAGUUGGGAAACUUAGCGUUGAGACCCAGUGGUGUUCUCAGUUUUGACAGUCCUGUUCUUGCCCAUGAUUUGCUUCUUCUUUAUAGGGAGACCCAAUGGCGUUCUCAGUUUUGACAGUUCUGGUCCGUUGCAUUGUACCCAGUCUGUCUUUAUAGCGAGGUAACAUGUUUUUUUCAUUUUUUUUCAUUAACUCUUUAUGUUCCACUAACUAUUUAUUGUCUGUAAAGAAAAUGAUUUUUACAUAUGAUGCUUUCAGCUGAACAGAAGGUUUACCUUAGCUCUGACAGCAUUAUUCCAUACGAUGUUGACAUAGAAAAAAAUGUGGUAUAUCCUACAUAGUUUUUGAACAGUGUUAAAGUCGCUACAUUGCCUUGACACUGUUUAAAGCUAGAAGUUGGUGCUCAUAUCAUGCGUCUUCGUAACAUGGAUGCUGCAGUUGGCUUAUGUAAUGGUACUAGGCUAAUUGUUAGUCAGAUAUUUCCCAAUGUGAUAUAAGGUAGAAUUAUAACGGGAAACGAUAUUGCCGGAGAGGAUGUUUGGAUUCCCAGAAUGUUUGUCACACCACCUGACACAAAGUUUCCCUUUAGAAUGCGUUGAAGACAGUUUCCAGUUACAUUGGUGUUCGCGAUGACCAUCAAUAAAAGUCAAGGUCAAACGCUGCAAAAUGUUGGUUUGUUUCUACCUAAACCAGUGUUCUCUCAUGGCCAAUUAUACGUUGCACUUUCUAGAGUGAAGUCGAUGUGUGGAUUAAAAAUCCUAAUAAAAGAUAAACAAGGGAAGCCACAUACAAAAACAAUGAAUGUUAUCUACAAACAAGUUUUUCAAAAUAUUUCAUAGUCAACAGUAAGUAAUUUUGACCUUGUAUUCGCUAAAAAUUUAAAAUUUAUAAAUUCUUAGAUUUAUUUAUUUCUUCUAUUAAUAGAUAAAUAACAGAACAAAAGAUCGAUUGUAGUUGACUACCAACCAGUUUUCAAACUAUUUCGAUAAUGAUAUGUGAAUUAAUAUUAUUUUAUGUUCAAUAAAAUUUAGAAAUUUAAAAAUCUAUCAAAUUAUUUUAUAACGUACUAGUGUUUACAAAAUUUAAUAUAUUUUUUGCAGGUUUCUAUUGGCUUUUUUUUAAUCGAGAAUUGUACUUCUUAAUUUAUAUUGCUUAUGAAUUACAUUUCAACUUUUUAUCAUAUUUGUUUAAUAUGUCACUUUUUAAACAAAAAUAUAAGAACAUAAAUAUAAUAUGUAAACCUAAAUUAUACUAUUACAGCAUAUAUACAACACAAAUUUCACUUUGUGAUAAUAUAAAAUUUGUAACUUCUAAAACUAUACACUAUUAUUUUUUUCAUGCUUUGAAUAUUUUUAUGUCCGCACAGUCGCCUAGUUGAAGUUAAUUGGGAAGAAGAAAACUUACACGCUUCGGUAAGCAUUGUUUAUUACUCUUUUCUUUUGAAUUGUGGAUAUAUAUUUAAUAUUUAUAUCGGUUGACUUUCUUCCAUAAACUGGCAGACAAAAUAUAAACCAUAAAUAACACUGAUAACUAUUUAUAUUUAUGUUGCUCAGAAUUAACAUUGUUCUAAUAAAAAUCUGAUUCAAAAUUGUACAAAUGUUUUUGAAUUUAGAAUGUAACAUUAUUAAACAUUACUAUGCCCAUGCAUAUCCUAGUUAGAAAUAUAAACCCAUAAAUAAGAACGGAGAACGCAUAUAAAAAUUCAUAACUUACUUAUAGAUGAUGGUGUUCUAAACAAUAUCACUAGAAAGAAAAUAAUAAUCAAAUAACCAUUAAACUGGAAAACGGAACUCUAAAUUUGUAAUAAACAUUAGACUCUGAUUGGUAACACGUAGUAUCAAAGUUGAAUUGAAGAAUGAUUUGCAAUUCAAUGUAAUUUAUAGUGAAAAUUAUGUACUAAAAACUGUAAAUUUUUGUGGUAAGUUUGCAGCAAAAAUUAAAGUUAUCAUUUUAUUAAAAUUAAUGACUUGUAACUUUUUGAUGUGUAAAUUGCAGUAUGGAUUUUUAAUACAAGAAUUCAAUAUAAAAACACAUAAAUAGUGAAAAUAUUUACUAAAAAUAAAUGAACCAUUAAGCUAUUUAAAAAUAUAAAAAUUAAAAAUAUAUAUUUUAAAUUAGUAUAAAUUUUUGAAAAAAACAUUUUCAAUAUAUAUUGUUUUUUAAAUAUUAUAAUAAAUAAUAAUACUAUUUUUUGUCAACAAUAAUAAUACUAUUUAUUCUAAUAUCAGUAAUAAAAUAAAUUAAUGAAAUAAUAAUAAUAAUAGCAUGAAAUUUAAGCUAAAAAUCUAAUAACAGCAGAAAAAUUAUAAAUGUUCAUGUCUCAAACAAAAUGAACUUAGAUAUUACUAUAAUUUGUUAACUGAAACCAUAAAUAGUAGAAUUACAAAGCAAAAUAAAAUCUACAAACGCAAACGUACGUAACUUGACAUACGCAAGUUUUGAGAACUCAUUAUUUUCAUUUUUAUUUUUAGAUAGAAAAAUCAAUUAAAUUUGUAACCCACUUCUAAAACAUGGAAUUUUGGUUGAUGUUGGUUUAUGAUUUGAGUUAACAAUUUUACAAAGGGUCUAAGUCAAAAUUGUGACUCAACUACAACACAUGUUAAAUCAAACUUAAAAUAAAAUAAAAAAAAUUUAAUGCAUGAUUGGUAACACUUUUGAGUUAUCAAUGAUUUAUCUUCCUAGCCCAAAGUAAAUUACUUACACCACAUGUUACCAAUCAAAGCCUAAACUAGAAUAAUAAAACUCAAACAUAAUGACAUAAGUAUAUUAUGAAAUGAUAAAAAAGUUACAACAUAUUUUAACUAUCAAAAUGAAAAAGUAGUACUUUUAACUUUAAAUCUCAAAAACUUACACUUCAAACCAUCAAACCAACUACACUAACAGAUCAGAUUUAAGGCAAUGUCAUCUUGCUUGGAGGUGGUAUUGUGUUGUGGAGUUGGGUGACAAUAUGUUUUUUUCGCAUAUCUGAAGUUUGGACCAGAAUAAUUUUCAAUGUAUUUAUCCCCGGAUCCAUCUUCGAAAAAUGUUGGGUUUGUUAUCUUUCUAUGGUUGUGUAAAGAAGAUGUGAACCGUUUUGCGUACGAAAGAACUAAAGUAGAUAGAACCGAGUUAGAGAUUGAGGAGGUCUCAAGCUGAGCAUUGAUGGUGAGCAGAUAGAAAUAAAGAAGAUAGAACCGAGAAUUAAGAAGAAAUAGAGAAUCUGAAGGAUUGGCCAUGAGGGAGAAGAAAAGUUAUUUGUAACCAAUGUGAAGCCGGCCAAUAACAUACUUUAGAAAAAAAUCCUAAACGAUUAAAGUUUCAAAAAAAAAAAAAACUGCAUACCAUCAUUGUCUUUCUCAAGAAAUUUUUUAACAUUCUUGUAAAUUUCUUUUUUUUUAAACAGUAUAUUGAAAAACAGUUUUCAGUUUGGUUCUUUUAACCAACUUUACUAAUAAAAUGUGUUAAAAUAUUAAUAAAGAUGAUGAUAUAUUUAAGAUUUAUAGUUUUUUCCCAGAUAUAUAUUAUACAUUUUAAAAUAUUCAUUCUCAUUUUUUUGUUAUAUUUAUGUGUGUUUCGCAUGUUUGACUCGUUCACCGCUGUAAGAAACCGGAACCAUAUGUUUAUAGACUGACACAAAUCAUGGUAUCAAAAGAGGAUUGACGUAUUGUCAAGUAACAGUUUGUCAUCAAAGUACAUCUAAACAGAGUGAUACACACAUAAACGCAUAAGUAUAGAGAGAGGAAGAGAGACAGUUCGUCUUCACGCCUCUCUUCCCUUCUUCAUGUGACAUUUUCCAUUUCCACUCCUCCAUGCAUCACUACUCAGCUGUCGUCUCCAGCGAACUUAACCAUCUACCUACCGUACCUCUCCAAGUUCUUCUUGACAACAUCACAAAAUUCCUUUCUCUCCUUCUACUCUCUUCACUCACCAUCUCUUCCUUCAUCGAAAAGUGGCAAUCCUCCUUGUCUGAAUCUUCUCACUGGUCUGAAAAUCCUCUCCUCCACACUCUUCUCCCUUCUCUUCUCUCUAAUCUUCAACGCCUUAACUCUCUCACUCAAUGCUCCUCCCCUUCUUUCUCCGGCGGCAAACUCAUGAUGCAAAGAGACCUCGACAUGGCUUCCUCCUUUCUCUCAACUCACAUCAGUGACCUCGACCUUCUCCUCAGAUCUGGUGUUUUUCACCAAAAUACCAUUGUUUUAUCCCUCCCUAAUCCUACCUCAGACAAAGACAACAUUGCUUUUUUCAUCAGAGAUCUCUUCACUCGAAUCCAAAUUGGCGGCACUGAAUUUAAGAAGACGCUUGAUUAUCUCCUUCGGCUCUUCACUGAAAGAGCGAAAUCCACAAAAAUCAUAGCUACAGAAGGUAAUGUCAGUUAUUUAUUAACUCUCCUCAAUUUCAAUCACUAUCCUCUUAUUCACGAUGUCAUUUCCGUUGUCUCAUUAGUCACUUCUUCAAACGUUGCAUCGAGAAAUACUAUUUUUGAAAAAGGCGGAUUAGGUCCUCUGUUACGACUAUUCGAAACCGGAUCUCUGCCUCUAAAAACCAGAGCCAUGGUGGCGAUUGAAGCCACCACUGCCGAUUCAGAAACCUUGUGGAAAAACUCAGCUUACGGAGUAAACACUGUUCUAAUCGAAACUUGCAGAUAAGGAUCUCUAGAAGUACAAGAGCACAUCGCCGGUACUAUAACCAACAUUGCCGCCAUGGAUGAUAUCAGAAUGAUGCCCACAUAGGAAGGAGCUUUAUCGGUUCUUCUCCCAUUCUUAAUAUCCGGUUCAACGUUGUUACAAAAAAAGGCGGCAUACUUCAUCUAUGUAUUCUCAUCUUCCGGUGAGUCUUUCAGAGAUUAGAUUUUCGGAGAGAGAGAAUUGCAGAUUCUGAUUCAUUUAGUUUAUGAUUUGUCAAAUCCUGAUAUGAUUGAGCAUGCCUUGCUUGCGCUCACUCAGUUAUCUACCAUGGAUUCAAUUGCUAAGAUUUUGUUAUCAUCUAUGAUGAUUAUCAGAUUAGGGGAACUAGUCAAGCAUGGAAACGUAGUCCUGCAAUAGAUUUCAUCAUCUAUGUUGUCAAAAUUAACAAUUAGUAGGGGUAACAAACGAGCGAUCUCUGAUUGUUUACGUUUGUUGGUAAGGUUAAUGGAGUCGCCAAAAUCGGCGGGGUUACAAGAGGUGGCGACGGAAGCGCCGAAGUCGUUGCUAACCGUUAGGUUAAACCAGAAGCUGAUAAGAGAUGGGAAGAGCGUGAUUUGAUUAGCGAAAAAAUUUCAGUGAAAAAAAUAAUUAUUUUCAUUAUUUUACUCUGUUUAUUGUUGCUUUAUUGUAAUUUUUCUUCUUCGAGAAAAUUAGUUGACUUCAACUUUUUAUUUAUUUUUAAUAUAUUUUUAGCUACAAUUUUUUCACUUAAUUACUCUAUUUUAUUACACCUCAUUUACUCUGGUUUUGCACAGUCAUACCCAAAGUUUAUUUAGUUGGAUUAUCGUUGAUAUAGAGAGUUCAUGUGACUUAACUACACUAAAAUGCAUUAUUGAUUCUUUUUAUUUAUCGUUAACUCUUGCGUAUGUAUUUGGUUUAGAGAGUUGGACUGAGAUUCAACCUAUGUAAGCGGUCAUGUUUAUUUUAGAUAAAUAAUCAAAUGAUGUGGCGUCUUUAAUCUCUAGUUCAAUGUAUUCGAUGUCAAAUUGGUUUAGCGCGCGGUAUUGUAACACCCCGGUCCGGAAUAAUUUAU